GUGAGAUUCUAAAUUAAUUUAAAAUAGAUUUAUUAUAUAUAUAAUUAAAAAAUAUUUACAAUAAUUUUCUUUUUUCUUAACAGUUAAGAUGAGAUCUCUGCUUCCUCCUCUCGGUGGUAUUUCUUCGUUGGGUUUGCGUUUGAGACCCUUCUUCUCACUCUCCCUUUCUCUUCCCGUUCUUGCUCUGUAGAUCUUCUUUCCCUUAUUUUUCCGCUCUCCUUCUGAUUGAUUCAAGACCAGUGGGGUCUGUCGCUGCCCUAGAUCUCGCAGCGAUUCGAAUCCCUCGUUUCGUUCUCUGUUGACUCUUCCCCGUCGACGGACGGUUUGACGGCAUUCGUAGAUCUGGUUGCCCGCCGCUUCGGAGCAGUCGAUCCAAUCCGGCACCAUGGCGGCCGCUAACGCGCCGAUUACCAUGAAGGAAGUGCUGACUCUUCCAAGCAUUGGGAUUAGUCCGCAGUUCAUCACCUUUACGAACGUGACCAUGGAGUCCGACAAGUAUAUAUGCGUGCGAGAAACUGCCCCACAGAAUAGUGUUGUUAUUGUCGAUAUGAAUAUGCCAAAUCAGCCAUUGAGGCGGCCAAUCACAGCAGACUCUGCCCUUAUGAAUCCUAACUCUAGGAUUCUCGCUCUUAAAGCCCAACUUCCCGGCACCACUCAGGAUCACUUGCAGAUAUUUAACAUUGAGAUGAAGACAAAAAUGAAAUCAUACCAGAUGCCUGAGCAGAUUGUCUUCUGGAAGUGGAUAACACCGAAAAUGUUGGGGCUUGUGACACAAUCGUCCUGCUAUCAUUGGUCUAUUGAAGGUAUGAUUCUCAUUUUAUUCCCUUAUUGUUCAUCAGGUGAUUCGGAACCUGUUAAGAUGUUUGAGAGGACCGCUAAUUUGGCUAGCAAUCAGAUAAUUAACUAUCGAUGUGACCCUUCCGAGAAGUGGUUGGUGUUGAUAGGAAUUGCUCCAGGGUCACCUGAGAGGCAACAACUAGUGAAAGGGAAUAUGCAGCUUUUCUCUGUUGAGCAACAGCGUAGCCAAGCUCUUGAAGCACAUGCAGCUGCAUUUGCUCAAUUUAAGGUACCUGGAAAUGAGAAUCCUUCUACCCUCAUUUCUUUUGCCACAAAAACCUUCAAUGCUGGGCAGAUUACCUCAAAGUUGCAUGUCAUUGAACUUGGUGCUCAACCAGGGAAACCAUCGUUUUCCAAGAAGCAGGCAGAUCUUUUCUUUCCUCCAGAUUUUGCUGAUGACUUUCCUGUGGCGAUGCAGAUAUCCCACAAGUACAACUUGAUCUAUGUCAUCACCAAGCUGGGGUUGCUGUUUGUUUAUGACCUGGAAACAGCUGCUGCUGUAUACCGUAAUCGGAUCAGUCCAGAUCCAAUUUUUUUGACAUCUGAGGCGUCUACCGUGGGUGGCUUUUAUGCCAUCAAUAGACGAGGUCAAGUGUUGCUUGCUACUGUAAAUGAAGCAACAAUUGUACCAUUUGUCAGUGGACAAUUGAAUAAUUUAGAGCUUGCUGUUAACCUUGCCAAAAGAGGAAACCUUCCUGGUGCAGAGAACCUGGUUGUGCAGCGUUUCCAAGAACUCUUUGCUCAAACAAAAUAUAAGGAAGCUGCAGAGCUUGCUGCGGAGUCCCCACAGGGAAUUCUUCGAACACCAGAUACAGUUGCAAAGUUUCAGAGUGUUCCUGUUCAAGCUGGUCAGACGCCCCCACUUUUACAGUAUUUUGGCACUCUUCUGACAAGAGGAAAGCUAAAUGCAUUUGAAUCCUUGGAAUUGUCACGCCUUGUUGUAAAUCAGAACAAAAAGAACCUUUUGGAGAAUUGGUUGGCGGAGGACAAGUUGGAAUGCAGCGAGGAGCUUGGAGACCUUGUUAAGACUGUGGAUAAUGAUCUUGCACUGAAGAUAUACAUUAAAGCCAGAGCAACCCCAAAAGUUGUCGCUGCAUUUGCUGAGAGGAGGGAGUUCGAUAAAAUCCUGAUUUACUCAAAACAGGUUGGGUACACUCCAGACUAUUUGUUCCUUCUGCAAACAAUUCUCCGCACUGAUCCUCAGGGAGCUGUUAACUUCGCUUUGAUGAUGUCUCAAAUGGAGGGUGGUUGUCCAGUCGACUACAACACUAUCACUGAUCUCUUCUUGCAGAGGAACCUGAUUCGUGAGGCUACAGCCUUCCUGUUGGAUGUUCUGAAGCCAAACUUGCCUGAACAUGCUUUCUUGCAAACAAAGGUCCUGGAAAUUAAUCUGGUAACAUUUCCUAAUGUUGCUGAUGCUAUAUUGGCGAAUGGAAUGUUCAGCCACUAUGAUCGCCCUCGCAUCGCACAACUUUGUGAAAAAGCUGGGCUUUACAUUCGAGCUUUGCAACAUUAUUCUGAGUUGCCAGAUAUCAAACGUGUUAUUGUGAAUACACAUGCAAUAGAGCCACAGGCACUUGUAGAAUUCUUCGGUACCCUCUCUCGAGAGUGGGCCCUUGAGUGCAUGAAGGAUCUAUUGCUUGUUAAUUUGAGAGGAAACCUUCAGAUAAUUGUGCAGGCUGCAAAGGAGUACUGUGAGCAGCUGGGUAUUGAUCAGUGCAUCAAAUUGUUCGAACAAUUUAAAUCUUAUGAAGGAUUGUACUUCUUCCUUGGGUCAUUUUUGAGUUCAAGUGAGGAUCCUGAAAUACAUUUCAAGUACAUUGAAGCUGCAGCUAAAACUGGACAAAUAAAGGAGGUUGAGCGUGUCACUAGAGAAUCAAAUUUCUAUGAUGCUGAAAAGACUAAGAAUUUUCUUAUGGAGGCCAAGCUUCCUGAUGCGAGGCCAUUGAUUAAUGUUUGUGACCGCUUUGGUUUUGUUGGGGAUCUCACUCAUUAUCUUUACACAAACAACAUGCUCCGGUAUAUUGAAGGCUAUGUGCAGAAGGUGAACCCAGGAAAUGCGCCAUUGGUUGUUGGGCAGUUGUUGGAUGAUGAAUGCCCUGAAGAUUUCAUCAAGGGCCUUAUUCUUUCUGUUCGUUCUCUGCUGCCAGUGGAGCCCCUUGUCGAUGAAUGUGAAAAGAGAAAUCGGCUUCGUUUGCUUACUCAGUUCUUGGAGCACCUUGUAAGUGAGGGAAGCCAAGAUGUGCAUGUCCACAAUGCACUGGGUAAGAUCAUCAUUGAUAGCAACAACAAUCCAGAGCACUUCCUCACAACCAACCCUUACUACGACUCCAAGGUCGUUGGUAAGUAUUGUGAGAAACGUGAUCCCACCCUGGCUGUUGUGGCUUACCGAAGAGGGCAGUGUGAUGAUGAACUUAUCAAUGUCACAAAUAAGAACUCCUUGUUUAAAUUACAAGCCAGGUAUGUUGUUGAAAGGAUGGAUUCUGAUCUUUGGGAGAAGGUUCUUAAUCCCGAAAACGAGUACAGACGGCAGCUCAUUGACCAAGUUGUUUCUACAGCCUUACCUGAAAGCAAGAGCCCAGAACAGGUUUCUGCUGCUGUUAAGGCGUUCAUGACUGCUGACCUUCCGCACGAGUUGAUUGAGCUUCUUGAAAAGAUUGUUCUUCAAAAUUCAGCAUUCAGUGGCAACUUCAAUCUUCAAAACCUGCUCAUCUUGACAGCAAUUAAGGCAGAUCCCUCCAGGGUUAUGGACUACAUCAACAGAUUGGAUAACUUCGACGGUCCUGCUGUUGGGGAAGUGGCAGUUGAAGCCCAGCUUUAUGAAGAAGCGUAUGCAAUUUUCAAGAAGUUCAAUUUGAAUGUUCAGGCUGUGAAUGUUCUAUUGGAUAACAUCAGGAGCAUUGACCGGGCUGUCGAGUUUGCAUUCCGUGUUGAAGAAGAUGCUGUAUGGAGCCAAGUUGCCAAGGCUCAACUCAGGGAGGGGUUGGUUUCUGAUGCAAUUGAAUCAUUUAUCCGUGCAGAUGAUGCCACUCAAUUUCAUGAGGUCAUUCGUGCAGCUGAGGAGGCAGAUGUUUAUCAUGAUCUGGUGAAGUACCUUUUGAUGGUUAGGCAAAAAGCCAAAGAGCCUAAGGUGGACAGCGAGCUCAUUUUUGCAUAUGCGAAGAUUGAUAGGUUAAGCGAAAUAGAGGAAUUCAUUCUUAUGCCAAAUGUGGCUAAUCUCCAACUUGUUGGUGAUCGUCUAUUUGAUGAUGCUCUGUACGAGGCCGCAAAAAUAAUAUUUGCCUUCAUAUCAAACUGGGCAAAGUUGGCUUGCACCCUUGUGAAGCUCAAACAGUUCCAAGGUGCUGUGGAUGCAGCACGGAAGGCCAACAGUGCGAAAACAUGGAAGGAAGUGUGCUUUGCUUGUGUUGAUGCUGAAGAGUUCCGCUUGGCCCAAAUGUGUGGUUUGAAUAUCAUUGUGCAAGUGGAUGAUCUGGAAGAGGUUAGUGAGUAUUAUCAGAACAGAGGAUACUUCAAUGAAUUAAUAUCUCUGAUGGAGAGUGGUCUUGGAUUGGAACGAGCACAUAUGGGCAUCUUCACUGAGUUGGGAGUUCUUUAUGCCAGAUACCGCUAUGAGAAACUUAUGGAGCAUAUUAAGUUGUUCUCAACCCGUCUCAAUAUUCCUAAACUCAUCAGAGCAUGUGAUGAACAGCAGCAUUGGAAGGAACUCACCUAUCUUUACAUCCAAUAUGACGAGUUCGAUAAUGCUGCUGCAACUGUAAUGAAUCAUUCUCCUGAGGCGUGGGACCACAUGCAGUUCAAGGAUAUUGUGGUCAAGGUUGCCAAUGUGGAGCUAUAUUACAAGGCGGUGCAUUUUUACUUGCAAGAACAUCCUGAUCUUAUCAAUGAUAUGCUAAAUGUAUUGGCUCUCCGUGUUGACCAUACUCGUGUAGUUGACAUCAUGCGCAAGGCUGGGCACUUGCUUCUUGUGAAGCCAUAUAUGGUUGCUGUUCAGAGCAACAAUGUGUCUGCUGUUAAUGAGGCUUUGAAUCAGAUAUAUGUGGAGGAAGAGGACUAUGAUAGAUUAAGAGAAUCAAUCGAUUUGCACGACAACUUCGAUCAGAUUGGCCUUGCUCAGAAGAUUGAGAAGCACGAGCUCCUUGAAAUGAGGCGAGUUGCCGCAUAUAUCUACAAGAAGGCUGGCAGAUGGAAGCAGUCGAUUGCAUUGUCAAAGAAGGAUAACCUAUAUAAAGAUGCCAUGGAGACUGCUUCACAAUCUGGUGAUCGUGAACUUGCUGAGGAAUUGCUUGUUUAUUUCAUCGAAAAGGGAAAGAAGGAAUGCUUUGCCUCAUGUCUCUUUGUCUGCUACGACUUGGUUCGGCCAGAUGUUGCUCUUGAACUUGCCUGGAUGAAUAACAUGAUCGACUUUGCCUUCCCAUACCUGUUACAGUUCAUUCGUGAAUACACGGGCAAAGUUGACGAGCUUGUGAAAGACAAACUUGAGGCUCAGAAGGAAGUUAAGGCCAAGGAACAGGAAGAGAAGGAUGUGAUUGCUCAACAGAACAUGUACGCCCAGUUGCUUCCCCUUGCAUUGCCUGCACCUCCAAUGCCUGGUAUGGGUGGGCCAGGGAUGCCCGGCGGUUUCGUGCCACCUCAGAUGGGCGGGAUGGGAAUGCCUCCAAUGUCGCAGUUCGGAAUGCCUCCGAUGGGGAACUAUUGAUUUUUUGACUGGGGCCGCGCUUUUUGUAGAAAUUAGCUCCGAGUUAUCUUUGCUGUUUGCAGAACAGAACCAUUUGAAGAGGGAGGCAGUCGGGAGUUGCUAUUUCGGUGGUUGUCAUUUGGCUUUGUUGGCGCCUUCAUAUGUAGGGGUUGGUGGUGGGGAUUUUGAUGUUUGCAUUGUGGUUGGGAAUACGCGGUAAAGUUGUGAAGGUGAAAUUGGAAUAAUAAUUUGCCACUCUUUUCAGUGAGGGUUCAUUUUUAGUUUUGGUUUUAUUUUGUGUGGAUAAGUGUUGUAAUAUUCUUUGUUCUUAGGGAAAGGGCAAAAUUUUUCUUCUCCUCCUGCUGGUGGGAGAAUACAAGUAGACAAUCUUCUGGGACUUGUUUGCGUUCAUUUUGCUAUGUUGCUUUUUUCCCCCCCUUUUCCAUGAUUGUUUAGGAUGUUCCUCCGUAUACGAAUUUUCGGAGUGUUUCCACUCCCAAGUACAAAGACAGUCCAAUUUGUAAUGACUUUGAUUUAGAUCCAUAAUUUGCCAUUUUUGACAUUGCUGUUGGUCUUCACUUCUUCUUCUUAUCAUUUGGACCUUGUGGCUUUCAGGACUCAGCAGUGUAUUCUAAAAAAUACUCCU